AUAUAUAUAUAACAAUAAUCAUUAUCAUCAUUAUAAUUGACUUUACUAUAUAGUACAUAUAUUAAUCAUCAUCAUUAUCAUGGGAUUUAGUUGUAUUUGUAUUCGAAAUAAUGAGGAACCAACACCACCAUCUGCAGUUGAAUUAUCUUCAUCACCCAAUAAUAAUAAUAAUGGAUCAAACAAUAAGAAAACUAAACCAGUUCCUCCAUCACCUAAAGAUAAGAGGGAUUUGUCAGAUGUUGCAGUGUUAGCCGAAUGUUGUAAGAAACUAUUAACAAUUGAUACUAUUCAAUAUAUAUUUGAGUUUUGUGAUUUCCUAGGAGAACAAGAAACACCGAGUAUUUUACUGCAAAAAUCAAUUUUUACUAAAUAUAAGAGUAAUAUAAGGAGAAAUAGAAAUAGUGGAGUUUCGAAUAAUCAACAUCAUGAUGAAGAAAUUGGAAGUGGAGUGUUUUUAUCGAGUAAUAAUUCCAUCAAGGAGAGCCAAUAUGUCAAUUUACUGCCAUCAUCAAGAGUUUCAUCACCAGCAUCACCUACUUCAGCAGGAGCUCAUCAAUUUUCACCAUCUGCUUCUGUAUUCGAUAUUAAAAAUGUUAGAUUUGAGUUUCCAAAUGUGUUGGAAGAGUUUUCCAGUAUUUGGAGUACAUUUACUAUCAUUCAAACCUCCUUCAUUUAUUGA